AAAAUAUUGUUGGUGUUGUUGGAAUAGAAGGUGUUGUUAGGAUGGAAGGUGUUGUUGAAAUGGAAGAUGUUGUUGGAACAGAAGGUGUUGUUAAAAUAGAAAGUGUUGUUAAAAUGAAAGAUGUUAUUGAAAUAAAAGGUGUUGUUAAGAAGAGUAAAGCAAAAAGUCUUG